AGGCCGCGGGGCGAGGGCUGGAAAGCGGCUUUCAGUGGCCGGGAGAGCGCGCCCGGGGGAAGCUGGCUCAGCGGGACGGAGUCAGGGUGGUCGACGGAGCACCGGGAAGCUCGAGGGUCCAGCCAGAAAGCGCCCCCGCCCAUCAGGUCCAGCCACCGGCCUGCUACGCAUGCGCAGCCGUAGCAUUCAGGCUUUUCCCUCCGGCCUGCCCGCUUCGCUGCGCAUGCGCUGCCCGGCCCUGCGGCGGAGUGGCGCCCCGGACGUGACUGUCCCCUGCCGGCCGCGGGUAGGGUGGCAUUCCGGCAGGGUUCUUGGGACGGGGAACGGAGCAUGCGCCUUGGAGCUCGGCGCUGUCCUUCGCCGGGUGUCACGCGUAUCCCUGAACCUCUCUGAGCCUCAGUUUCCCCACAUCUAAAAUGGGGAUGAUUUUAUUUUUUAGCACCGAGUAAUCUGUUGUAAUCUAUUUAGGACAUAGAGAGUAUUCCCUAAACACUGCACUCCUCUCUCUUCUCCGGAUGCUCUGAUCUCUGACUCCUGCCGGUCAGAACUAGGGCCCUGUGUAGAUCCGAGUCUUUCAAGCAGCCACACCAUGAACACGUCUCCAGGUACGGUGGGCAGUGACCCCGUCAUCUUGGCCACUGCAGGCUAUGACCACACGGUGCGGUUCUGGCAGGCCCACAGCGGGAUCUGUACGCGAACGGUGCAGCACCAGGACUCCCAGGUGAACGCGCUGGAGAUCACACCUGACCGCAGCAUGAUUGCUGCUGCAGGUUACCAGCACAUUCGCAUGUAUGAUCUCAACUCCAAUAACCCCAACCCCAUCAUCAGCUAUGAUGGGGUCAACAAGAACAUCGCAUCUGUGGGCUUCCACGAGGACGGCCGCUGGAUGUACACUGGUGGGGAGGACUGCACUGCCCGGAUCUGGGACCUCAGGUCCCGGAACCUGCAGUGUCAGCGGAUCUUCCAGGUGAAUGCGCCCAUUAACUGUGUGUGCCUGCACCCCAACCAGGCAGAACUCAUUGUGGGUGACCAGAGUGGCGCCAUCCACAUCUGGGACUUGAAAACUGACCACAACGAGCAGCUGAUCCCGGAGCCUGAGGUCUCUAUCACAUCGGCCCACAUCGACCCGGAUGCUAGCUACAUGGCCGCGGUCAAUAGCACUGGGAACUGCUAUGUCUGGAACCUGACUGGGGGCAUUGGUGACGAGGUGACACAGCUCAUCCCCAAGACCAAGAUCCCAGCACACACCCGCUACGCCCUGCAGUGCCGCUUCAGCCCAGACUCCACGCUCCUCGCCACCUGCUCGGCCGACCAGACAUGCAAGAUUUGGAGGACGUCCAACUUCUCCCUGAUGACGGAGCUGAGCAUCAAGAGCAGCAACCCUGGAGAGUCAUCCCGAGGCUGGAUGUGGGGCUGCGCCUUCUCGGGGGACUCGCAGUACAUAGUCACCGCUUCCUCUGACAACCUGGCCCGGCUCUGGUGCGUGGAGACGGGAGAGAUCAAGAGAGAGUACGGCGGCCACCAGAAAGCUGUUGUCUGCUUGGCCUUCAACGACAGUGUGCUGGGCUAACCUGUGUCCCCUCAGGAUUGCAGGCAGCUGUCCAGGCGGCACCAGCUGCAUGUGUCUGUCCAGCUGCCCAGAUCAGAGUGACACCCCAUGGCUGGUCUCUACCAUCCUAGGCUCGCUGGACCUGACUGACCUACCCUGGUCCCUGGCCAGACUAGACUGGCCAGGCUGGUCCAUCCUGGGACUCUCUCAGCCCCGGCUGCUUACAUGGAUGUGAGGAGGCUCAGGAGGCCCACCCUAGGCAGCUUGCAUUCCCUUCAGAAAUUCUGGACCCACAGGGCCUAGAGCCGCUGAGGGGGAUCCGAGGCUGGUGCCCAUCCCCAAGCCAGUGCCUCCUCCUUCCCCUCCCUGCCACUGUUUCGUGUCCCGAGGCCACAGAGGACACCGUCAUGGCCAGGUGGAGUUGUUUAUUAGCCCCGCCAGCGGCUACCCUCCAUGGACUGGUGAUCGCGCCAGCCAGCUGGCUGGCCUGAGGGGCUGCGCUGCAAGGGCUUAGUCCGGGAGGUAAUAAAAGCAGACGGACAUGCA